AUGCCCUCCCCAAUCCUCCUCCUAAAAACCAAAUCCUCACCACAAGAUGGCUACGAGGAAUUCUUCACAGCAAACAACUACGACCCAAUCUUCGUCCCCGUCCUCGAACACCGCUUCCACAAACAAAACCUAGCAACAGUCCAAGAACUAUUCAACAACGGCGCAUUCACCUCAACACCUCACAAUGCAAAGAAAUACGGCGGACUCAUCUUCACCAGCCAGCGCGCAGUAGAAGGCUUCGCAUCAAUGAUUGAGAAUGCAGACGUCUUCAACGUCCCCUCCGACCCUCUGGUCCUAUAUACCGUUGGACCCGCCACGGCCCGGACGCUCACGACGCUGCGCGAUAAACACUUACCUCAUGCGACGAUCCACGGUGCCGAGGCAGGCACGGGAGCGAAUCUCGCGCAGCUCAUGCUGGAGCACUAUAACGGGUUAUAUGCGGGGCCUGAGAAACCGGGACUUCUAUUCCUUGUUGGCGAGGUGCGGCGCGAUAUUAUUCCCAAGACGCUUAUGGAUGAGUCUUUGGGGGAGAGGAAGAUCGGGGUUGAAGAGAUGGUAGUUUAUGAGACUGGGGUGAUGGAGAGUUUCGAGGGAGAUUUUGGAGGGUGGAUGUCCAGACGGAAUGAGGGGGUGGUUUGGGUUGUUGUUUUCUCGCCGACGGGGUGUGAGGCCAUGUUGAGGGUUCUUGGGCUAGGGCCGUUUGCUUCGGGGGCGAAGUCUAGUGAGAAGGUGUUUAUUGCUACGAUUGGGCCUACGACAAGGGAUCAUCUGAGGGAUGAGUUUGGGUUUGAGGCACAUGUUUGUGCUGAGAAGCCUAGCCCUGAAGGGGUUUUGGAGGGGAUUAAACAGUUUAUGAGUUGA